UGCGGGAGGGGCGUGCGGAGCGGUCUCGCCGGCUUUGGCUACGUGCAAUUGAAUCUGGCUCUGUUGGCUGACCACGUAGAGUACCGAUGGCUUGAGACGGUGGUCGGGAUCUGAGCUCCAGAGGCCACUGAUAAGGAUGAAGGCGCUGAUCCUGGUGGGAGGCUAUGGUACACGGCUGCGGCCCUUGACACUCAGCAUCCCUAAGCCGCUGGUGGAAUUUUGUAACAAGCCUAUCCUAUUGCACCAGGUGGAGGCUUUGGUGAAGGCAGGUGUAAACCAUGUGAUUCUUGCUGUCAGUUAUAUGUCAGAACUGCUGGAGAAGGAGAUGAAAGAACAAGAGCAAAGGUUGGGCAUUCACAUUUCCCUGUCGCAUGAGAAGGAGCCACUGGGCACAGCUGGCCCCCUGGCACUAGCACGGGAGCUGCUGACUGAGAAUGCAGAGCCUUUUUUUGUGCUCAACAGUGAUGUGAUCUGUGACUUCCCUUUCAAAGACAUGGUGCGUUUCCACAGCCAUCAUGGAAAAGAGGGCACCAUAGUGGUGACCAAAGUAGAGGAACCCUCCAAGUACGGCGUAGUGGUGUGUGAAUCAGAUACUGGGCGCAUACACCGCUUUGUGGAGAAACCCCAAGUUUUUGUUUCCAACAAGAUCAAUGCUGGCAUGUACAUCUUAAACCCAAGUGUGCUGGAGAGGAUCAAGCUGCGGCCUACCUCGAUUGAGAAGGAGAUCUUCCCAGUGAUGGCAGAACAAGGACAUCUCUAUGCCAUGGAACUGCAGGGGUUCUGGAUGGACAUUGGGCAGCCCAAAGACUUUCUGACUGGCAUGUGCAUGUAUCUGCAAUCUCUGCGGAUGAAACAGCCUGAGCGGCUUCAUUCAGGACCGGGUUUUAUGGGGAACGUAUUGGUGGACCCGACUGCCAAGAUUGGCUCAAAUUGCAGUAUUGGUCCCAAUGUCACCAUUGGGGCAGGAGUGGUGGUAGAGGAUGGGGUUCGGAUCAAACGUUGCACUGUUCUGAAGGGGUCCCGUGUCCGCUCUCAUUCCUGGCUUGAGUCCUGUAUCGUUGGCUGGAGCUCCUCUGUAGGCCAGUGGGUACGGAUGGAGAAUGUGACAGUGCUGGGCGAGGAUGUCAUAGUGAAUGAUGAACUCUACCUCAAUGGUGCCAAUGUGCUGCCUCACAAAUCUAUUGCCGAGUCUGUACCAGAGCCACGCAUCAUCAUGUAGCAAUUCUGGCCAUUGAGUGUUGGACCAACAGCGAGGGCCAUCCCUGUCUUACUCUUUUUUGAGGGCAUCUGCACCCUGUGCCUUAGGAGCAAGGGCUCUUUGCUGAAUUUCUGCUGCUGAAAUACUAACCUUCUGCUGGGAUCCUAGGAGUGUAGCAGAACAAGGACACAUGUAAGCUGACUGCAGCACUCCUCAGAAUCACUGCUUGGAACAAGGGUAAGGCAGGAUGACCUGGGCCAGCUGCACCAUCCAUUGUCCUACUUUUGGAAAGUGACCCUAAUGUGCAAAGGGAAAAAUGCUUGCUUUUGCUACACAACACUGAGGUACUGCAGUGGCUCACCAGCUGCAAAAGAACAGUCCCAGCUAGGCCAGGUGAGAGAAAUGAACAGCAUGCUAUGGUAUUAUUUCAGGGUGACAUCUCUCAUGUUGCACAUAGGGAAGACAGAAUGCAAUCCUUUUCUAUGGAACUCUACUGCCUUACAGAGACUGAGCCCCCCUCUCUCCACAUGGCCAAUAGUGAUUAUUAUUCUAUUACUAUUCAAGAACUCUAGACAAAGCUUUGUCAAUUAAUGGGAAAAAAGUGAAAUUAUACUGUCAUGAACAA